AUGGGAAGUGCUGAUGGAAGCUAUGGCGCUUACACCUAUGAGGCCCUUGAGAGGGAGCCUUACUGGCCAUCUGAAAAGCUCAAAAUUUCCAUUACUGGGGCAGGUGGUUUUAUUGCCUCCCACAUCGCUCGCCGUUUGAAGUCUGAGGGUCAUUAUAUUAUUGCUUCUGACUGGAAGAAGAAUGAGCACAUGACAGAAGACAUGUUCUGUCAUGAAUUCCAUCUCGUUGAUCUUAGGGUCAUGGAUAAUUGCUUGAAGGUUACAAAAGGAGUAGACCAUGUUUUCAACCUCGCUGCUGAUAUGGGCGGGAUGGGCUUCAUUCAGUCCAACCACUCUGUCAUUAUGUAUAAUAACACAAUGAUCAGCUUCAACAUGCUUGAAGCCUCCAGGAUCAAUAGAGUUAAGAGGUUGUUCUAUGCCUCUAGUGCUUGUAUUUACCCUGAAUUUAAGCAGCUGGAGACUAAUGUGAGCCUGAAGGAAUCUGAUGCCUGGCCCGCAGAGCCUCAAGACGCUUAUGGCUUGGAGAAGCUUGCAACGGAAGAGUUGUGCAAGCAUUACACCAAAGACUUUGGAAUUGAAUGCCGUGUUGGAAGAUUCCAUAACAUUUAUGGUCCUUUUGGAACAUGGAAAGGUGGCAGGGAGAAGGCACCUGCUGCUUUCUGCAGAAAGGCUAUCACUUCUACUGAUAAAUUCGAGAUGUGGGGAGAUGGACUUCAAACUCGAUCCUUCACAUUCAUUGAUGAAUGUGUGGAAGGUGUGCUUAGAUUGACGAAGUCUGACUUCCGUGAACCUGUGAACAUUGGAAGCGAUGAGAUGGUUAGCAUGAAUGAGAUGGCUGAGAUUGUCCUCAGCUUUGAUAACAAGAAUCUCCCUAUUCACCACAUUCCUGGCCCAGAAGGUGUGCGUGGACGUAACUCCGACAACACACUAAUCAAAGAGAAGCUUGGUUGGGCUCCUACCAUGAAGCUGAAGGAUGGGCUGAGAAUUACAUACUUUUGGAUUAAGGAACAGAUUGAGAAAGAGCAGUCCCGAGGAAUUGACUUGUCUAUUUAUGGUUCUUCUAAAGUGGUGGGAACUCAAGCACCCGUUCAAUUGGGCUCACUUCGUGCAGCCGAUGGUAAAGAGUGA